UACAUGAUUAUUCUUUUGCUAGUCUUUAUUUUCCAGUUUUCUGUCUCCUGUGCCUGUUUGGCACUAAACAAGGAACAGCAGAGUCAACUUCUUGAGGUGGGAUGGAAUAACACUAACAGCGCAAGAACAGAUAUUGAGAGAAAUCUGAAUUGUUGUGGAUUCAGAGUUUUUGAUCCAAAUGAAGUCUGCUUCUCUGAUUGUUUUAGACAUCACCAGUGUCAGCCAUGUGCACCUAUACUGGAAGAAUAUUCUGGAAUGGUGCUGAGAUUUGUUGGAGGCAUAGGACUCUUCUUCAGUUUCACAGAGAUUCUGGGAGUCUGGCUGACGUACAGAUACAGGAACCAAAAGGAUCCCCGUGCAAAUCCUAGUGCAUUUCUUUGAUAAGUUUAUUAAGGACUGAAUCUUCUCUCUGCACCCUCUACUUCAAAAUACUGAUUCUCCAUAGUUUGGUAUUUCUCCAUUGUAGGGGUUCUAUGUGUACCCAAAAUAAAACUUUAUUUCCAUAAGAAAUUGGCAGUUUUCAUAUUAAUUUCCCAGUAUUUAUCUUUAAGACUGUAUCUUGAAGUAGACUGGUGCAUUUAGUAGCUGGGCAGAGUCAAACUGCUGCUCUGAGAUGGUUAAGUAACGCUGUUAAGACUUUGGUAAUUGAUGUGGUGAACUCUAUACAGUCAGUUUUACUGCACUACUGGCUUCUCUGGUGUCCAAAAAACCCAAAGUAUUUUCUGCUGUAUUCAUUGAUUAUUCAAAGAUUCACAUGGUUUCUCAUUCAAAUGAUAAAAUUACGUGGUGUGUG